GUUCAAGAAGUUCAAGAUCGAGAUAUCAUGAAGGGUUCCCAAAUGUGAAAUGAUUAUUUUCAAUUUUGUAUUUGCAGCAAUUUUAUUGAAGAAAAAUGAGUGAUCUCUUCAAGUCAGCUUUCGAAUAUUUCAGUAGUCCAGUUAAUGGACAAAUUGAAAACAGUUUUGUUGGCCAAAUUGUAGAAAUUUCCAAUGUGAAGCUGAGAAUAAAAAAAGUCAUUGCAGAAGGUGGCUUUGCAGUAGUUUUUGUUGCACAAGAUAUAGCUACAGGCAAGGACUAUGCAUUGAAGAGGUUGUUAGCAGCUGAUGAAGAAGCAAAAAAUAACAUAAUUAGGGAAAUCAAUAUCCUCAAGAAACUAUCUGGACACCCUAAUAUAAUUCAGUAUUUAUCAGCUUCAUUUAUAGAAAAAUCUCAAACCCAGCAUGGUCAAUCAGAAUUUUUAUUGGUGACUGAACUUUGUCCAGGAGGAUCAAUGGUUGAAAUUCUGCAAGGACGUUCCAGUGCAUUUGACACAGAUACAAUAACAAGAAUAUUUUAUCAAACAUGCAGAGCUGUAGCUCAUAUGCACUCUCAAGUUCCACCCAUCAUUCAUAGGGAUUUGAAAAUAGAAAAUCUUCUGAUCAGUAGUGAGAGUACUAUCAAAUUAUGUGACUUUGGGUCUGCUACUACUGAAAUAUUUAGACCUGAUUUAUCUUGGUCAGCUCAUCAGCACUCAACUCUAGAAGAAGAUAUGGCCAAAUUCACAACUCCAAUGUAUAGAGCCCCAGAAAUGGUUGACACAUGGAAUAACUAUUAUAUUGGACCAGCUGUAGAUAUUUGGGCAUUGGGAUGCAUUCUUUACACUCUCUGCUACAUGAGACAUCCUUUUGAAGAUGGUGCAAAACUGAGAAUCAUGAAUGCAAACUACACCAUUCCAGCAGACCCUAGAUAUUCUUGCUUCCAUGAUACAAUCAAGUGCUGCUUACAAGCAGAUCCUGAGCAAAGAAUGACAAUAUCUGGUGUACUUGAAAGCAUAGCAGCAAUUGCUGAAUCUAAUGGUUACAAUCUGAGAGCACCACUGAUUUUAUCUUCUCUACCAUCUGUUGAUGUAGAACAGAGUAGGCAGGAGAAUCAAUGCAAUAAUGGUGUCAAAGUCCCUCCACUAAGGCCAGCUCCACCAGUUAAUGAACCUUCCAGGCCAUCACAAGUGGCACCCCAGAGACCAGCACCUCCUACACAAAGACCUGUUGCUGUCACUCAACAACAACAAAAACAACCUGAUAGUAAACAAUAUGGCCUAUUUUCCUCACUCAAAGGGGGAGCUGGCAGUUUAUUUAAAAAUCUCAAAGAUACCAGUACUAAAGUGAUGGCCACUGUUCAACAGUCUAUGGCUAGAACAGAUUUAGAUAUAAGUUAUAUCACCUCUAGAAUCAUUGUGAUGCCAUAUCCAUCAGAAGGUUUCGAAUCUACUUAUAAAACCAACCACAUAGAAGACGUUAAAUUAUUCUUAGAUUCUAGACACCCAAAUUUCAGAUAUUCAGUUUAUAAUUUAACACAUAAACCAUACCAUUCCAAAUUUGGACAGGCCCGAAUAGUAGACUGUGCUUUCGCAUAUCCGGAAAUUUUCAAAGCACCAUUGCUAAAUUCCUUGUACCAACUUUGCGAGGAUAUCUACCAAUAUUUGGCCGGUGAUAGUAGAAAUGUUGUGGUUAUCCAUUGUACAGAUGGCAAAGCUACAUCUUCAACUCUAGUAUGUGCUUUGCUGAUAUAUGCUAGAUUAUUCGAAGUUCCCGAGGAUGCUCUCCAAAUGUUUGCUGUGAAACGUUGUCCUCCGAAUAUGCGUGCCUCAGAACUCAGAUAUCUAUAUUACUUGGCAGAUAUCGUCAAAAAUCCGCCGAAUUAUCCACAUUACUAUCCAGUUACCAUAGUUUCACUGCAUAUGCAACCUGUCCCAUUAUUCACAAAAAUUCGUGAUGGUUGUCGUCCGUAUAUUGAAGUGUACAGUGAGAACAAAUGUAUUUUAUCUACUUUACAAGAUUAUGAGCGUAUGAGACUGUUCAAUUUAGCUGAUGGAAAGUGCUUGCUUCCUAUAAACACGACCCUUUGCGGCGAUGUUUGUAUAAUAGUGUACCACGCAAGAAACGUUUUGGGUGGGGUAAUGACCCAGGGUAAAGCCACCGGAAUCAAAAUUUGCCAAAUACAAUUCCAUACAGGGUAUAUUCCAGAAGAAGAAACAUGUUUGAGAUUUUCGAAGUCUGAAUUAGAUGAAUUGGCAGAAGGCAAUGAUCAUUACCAAGAAAGAUUCACUGCAACUGUAAAUGUAUUUGUGACUGACGUAGAAAGAAGGCCUUCACAACCAGCACCAUGGCAAACUGAUCAAACAGAACGUGUUUUAGACACGGUAUUCACUUCUCAGCUGGAAAAAGAAGAAACUGUUGAUAAUUUUGUCAGUCAAUCAGUUAGGAAGCCUGUUAUACCGCAGAAGAGGCCAGAAAGACCCAGUAGACCAGCGCCUCCAGCUCAUUUGUUGCCUGAGUCGGCAGAAUCAGACAGUGGAUCGGAAACAGAACAACAACAGCCCCAGUAUUCCGAUGCUCCUCCCUCGGCGCCCCUGGUAGAAGCCGUCGACCUCUUGAACCUCAACUCGAUGCCCCCUCUCGAACAACCCGCUCCGAAAUCCUCGCCCGGUUCGAAUUUCGAUCUGCUCAGCGGUCUGGCCGGUGGCACGGGCAGCGAUGGUUUCGACGUUUCGGCCAAUCGGCAGCCGCCCAACAAACCAACCGUUUUCGUCGACCCGUUCGGUUCGCUGGGAGGGGGCGACGGCAACAACGUAUUGGGCGGAUGGAGUGAUUUCAGUUCGGGAUCGAAGCUGAACGGUUCGGGAGCGGCGCCAAACAAUCCUCAGGAACAAAAGACGAACGACCCGUUUGCCGAUUUAGCUAACCUAGGAGGAGGUCUCAACUUCAAUCCCAAAAACGCAACGGUCCCACCUGCCACCACCCCGACCAGCGGGGCCCAAACCCCCAACAGAAUAUCUCCUACCACGCCCCAGCACCUAAGCUCGAAUUCGACCACUCCCAAGCACCAAGCCAAGUCGCCUAUGGGGCCAGAUUAUAACCGUACUCACUUCGAAACGCUCAACAAAAACCAACAGAACGACGCCAAGGGUAACCCCAGAAGUGAGGACGUGUUUGGAGACCUGUUGGGGUCUCAGGGGUAUUCGUUCACAGGUAAAAAAGACACUGGUCCAAGAACCAUGAAUGCUAUGAGAAAAGAGGAAAUGGCUACUUAUAUGGAUCCAGAGAAACUCAAGGUUAUGGAAUGGAUAGAUGGAAAGAAGAACAAUAUUCGAGCUCUAUUGUGCUCUAUGCACAAUAUUUUGUGGGAAGGUGCAAAAUGGAAUAAAUGUGAGAUGCAUCAACUCGUUUCUCCCGCUGAUGUCAAAAAGGCUUAUAGGAAGGCUUGUUUAGCAAUACACCCUGAUAAGCAAGCUGGCACUGAUAAUGAAAAUCUAGCAAAAUUGAUAUUCAUUGAAUUGAACAACGCCUGGAGUGACUUUGAAAAUGAUGCUACUCAACAGAACAUGUUCUCUAGUUAAAUUUCUCCACUACUAGUUCUAAUAUUACUCUUUGUGAUCAUUCCAUUAUUUUAGAGUUUGUUGAUGAAACAUAUUUAUUUUAGCACAUAUGAGAUUCACUAUGAAUAUAUUAUUUUAUAAUAGAGUUUUGUAUUCGGAAUAAGUAAGUAACGUUUGUUAUGAGAAGUGAUUCGAUUGGAAUUUUGUUGGAAUAAAAAUAUCA